UGCGCCACUACGCAGGUAAACAAUGCUCUCGUCUGCAAUUGUGAAUGUAUAGUCAACAUUGAUAUUGCACUAGGCUGUUGUGAUAGUAUUCAAUAGACAUCAGUAUAUUCUGUGGCCGUCAUGACAUUGCUUAUGAAGAUAAUUUGAGAUGGCUGAGGGAGGUGAAGGUACUGGUGGAGGACCAGGAUGCACUAUCCCAGAAAUGGUAGCCCAGUGCUACUAUCGUUAUGGCCUAUAUGUUGCAACUCAUCCUAAAAAAGUGAUAUUAUUAGCUGUAACCUCUUUUCUCUUUCUGUGUGCACCCCUCUGGCACCUGCCCAUUCUUCCUGGUUAUCUUCCACAAGAAUAUGUCACAUCCUUGAAAAACUACAGUGUUCCUCCACCUGCUCCAGAGGGAGGCAUACGACUUGAUCCAUCUCCUACCCCAACACCCUUAUGGUACCAAGGGCCUCCUCGAGCUUAUAUACAACAGAUUGUUGUGAAAAGUGGAGUAAUGCCGUGGCAAAAAGGUCUUACAAUUAGUGAUGGUUAUCGUGGACCACUGUCGACAGUUUUUCAUCUUAGUCAGACUGUUAGCAAUUACCAACUACAUCAUAACCACAGUGUCACACUAGGAACUGAGUGUCUGUUGAUUGAAGGAGUAGUUAAGAAAAUGCAGUCUGCUGGCCAGGUGUUACCUCAUUACAAUUGUCUGAUGUUGUCUCCUGCUGAUCUCUGGGCAAGAAAUCAGUAUUCAUUUCUGCAAGACCAAAAUGUAUUGGCUACAGUAAAUUCUCUUAUGUCAAGUUAUGAAGGUGAAACAAAUGUUGCGGAUAUCUUGUUUGGUGUUCCUUCCCGUGAAAUUGGAUUCCGCAGAAACAGAAAUCCUGAUCGUGUGAUUACUUUUGCCAUCACACUUGCGCUGAAGCAUUAUAAUGAAGGGUUUGUGAAUGGCUUAGAAAAAGAACUAACUUCACGUUUCCCAAUUCACCAGCCUGUUCGACCGGAAAGGGAAGACAUCACUCAUAUAUACUUUCCCUCUCGUUUAUCACUGUGGGAAGUCAUGUUGGUCAUCUUCUAUUGUUUUUUGUUUGGUUCUAUUUAUUUCUCAAUUCUUAAAAUGGACAUGUUUAAAAGCAAGUUGGGAAUGGCAAUUAGCGUCCAGGCUACUCUUAUAUCAUCCCUGUGCAUAGCUGUUGGUUUCUGUGCUUAUUUUGGUCUUCGGCCUCUGCAUAGUAAGGGAAAGUACGUGUACCCUGUUCUCUCUGGCUUGAUUGGAUUUGAAAAUAGUAUGGUGUUGAUAAGGUCAGUUUUAUCUACACCUGCUCAUUUAGAUAUCAAGAUACGUGUUGCACAGGGGCUUGCACGAGAGGGAUGGACAAUCACAAAGUAUUUUUUAACUAUGACAACACUAGUGACUGUGUUUUUCUUUUUAUUUAUUCCUGUUGUUCAGGAAAUAUGCAUAUAUGGGAGUGUGGUUCUUCUUUGUGAUUUGUACAUGCAGCUAGUCUUCCUAACAUCUGUGCUUUCCAUUGACCUUCAGCGAUAUGAGGAUUCUGAAGAACAGAAAAAGCAGUCAUUGGUGUCAGGAGGACCAUUUGCUGUUAAUCCAUUAUUUAGAUAUCAGCCUCUAAACCCAAACUUCAAUGUCCGAAUUCUAGUCAGUAACACGGACCGGACUUCCACAUCUGUGCCAAACCUUCACCGAAGAAGUGCACCUGCUUCUGCUAGCAUAAAGUCUACAGGCCAGGAUCGUAUAGCUCAUCCUCAAUCAAAACCUCAGAAUCCCAGUGAUAUGCCAAAGAGAUUACGUGUGACUUACUUUUUUGCAAAGAAACGAAUGUUUCAGAGGAUGUUCAUUUGCAUAUUUGUGGGCUGGAUUGCAUGGUUGAUGUAUAAUUCUGGUUUGAUUGAGGAAUUUUCUGAGCCAGUUCAUGAACCUCAUAGAUUAAGAGAUUUGCCUUCGAUUAUUUUUUCUUUAACAAAUCGAUCAAGACACAUGUACCUUUCAGAAGGUUCACAAAUUACUCAGCCUGAAAUUGAUCCUGCAACUACACAAGCAUCUGCUGCAUUAUUGACUCAACCCUCUAUUUCUGGGAACUCAACAGUACAAAAGCAAGACAGUUUUAAGGUGCUGAAACAUCGUUCUCGUUCAAUUUUAAGGAAAUUACCUCUCUCACACUGGCCAACAUUAUUCAGUUAUUAUAACAUAAGUUUAACUGGGCAUUAUAUAAGUAUUUUGCCACCAAUUUUGUUAUCAAUACCAGUGUCCUCAGAAGAUGCCCAAAGUGUCCAUAAUCCAAGUGAUCCAAACACUGAUCCAUGGCUUCCAGAUAAACUGCACCAAGGGGAGCUGGCAGACAGUACAAGAUCAGGUUGGCAAGAGAUGGCAUUUAUACCAACUUCAAGUGGUGAAAUGUUACUUACUGCAAUAUUAGUAAUCCCUGCUGUACUUUGUUUGGUGUAUAGCAUCAUUGCACUGUACCAUUGCAUAUGUUCACGUAAUUAUGCAGAAUGGAGGGCGUCUUGGUGGGGAAAGGAUAGGAUCCGAGAUGAAAAAUCACAGAUAAUUGGUGAUGCCUUACCACUAGUCUUGGCUGGUCAUCCUCAUGAUGUUGAAUGCAUGUGCACUAAUGGGGUGCUACUAGUUUCCUCAUGUUUAGCUGGUAUUAUUCGAGUUUGGGAUCCAAGUACUGGGGAAUGCGUAGCUAAUAUCAACAGACAUAGUAAAAAACAGUUAGAGUUUCGGGCUGGGUCACCCGAUGCUGGUGAUGAUUUCCAUUCAGACUAUGAAUCUGGAUCCCCGAGAUCUCAACCAGGAGAUUAUGCCAGUAAUUUUAGAAGAAGUACAUAUGACAUUGAACGAAGCCGGUCCAGUGGGAUGUGGGUCGAUGAUGAUGAGAAAGAUGAUAGUGAAUAUGACAUUACAGAACGCCCAAACUCUUCGCAAGCACAUUUGAGACAUGAUUCUUCUGGAAAUUUGUUUCACAUAUUUCCAGAUCUGAGUCCUGCCAUUGAUCUUCAUUUUAAUAGUCGAGUGAAUGAAAGUCAUAGUACUAAUUGUUUCAGUAGAUUUGAAAGAUAUUAUGAUGAACAUAGAAGACUAUUACAAGAUGAAGAAGAGUAUAGACAGAGAAGAGGGAGGAAAAGUUCAGAUGGGACAGAAUGCUCUCCUUCUAACAAUGUAUCAAAAGCUAAAAUGGUACGUUCACCGUCCUAUACUGAAAACUCUAGUUUAUUUAGAAAUAAAAAGCAUAGUAGAAAUUUAAGUGCCGGAAAUAUCCCAGUUAGUGCUCUCACUGGACAAAAUGGGAUGUUUGGUGUCCGUGGUAGUGUGGAAGAAAAUUCUGAGUUAAUUGGUGUGAACCCAGAAGAGGAAGUGCCUCCUAUUUGGUGCCUUGAGUGUCAUGAUGCCCUGGUCUUUGUUGGGUGCGGUACAGGACGUAUUGAAGUGUGGGAUGUAUAUAAUGGUAUUUUGAAGUGUAUAUAUGAAGAUGGAACCAGAGCAGGUGUAACUUCUAUUCGAGCAUCAGGCAACAGACUCAUGGUUGCAAGACUCACUGGUGCAGUUGAUAUGUUGUGUAUUGAAGCAGUAAAUAGCAUCAUACCCAGCAAAGAUUCUCAUUCUUCAGAAUUUAGACCUGGUCAUACUCGGGGUAGUAGCCAGGAUAUGGGUCAUGGCGGCUGGACAUUUGGUUAUGAUGAGUCUCUAAGGCUCAUAAGAUAUGCAGGUGUCCGUGCUCAUCAGCAACCUAUCACAGUUAUGACCUGUGACCAUAUGCGUCUUAUUACCGGGGCCCAUGAUCAUACCCUUAAGGUAUUCUGUAUUGCUGAUGGAAGUGCCUUGUUCACACUUCAUGGUCACUGUGGACCUAUCACGUCAGUAUUUGUGGAUGGUAGCUUAGGGGGAGUCAGUGGAGAAGAUGUAACUGUUGACAUGGGAGUUGGAGCUAUCAUAGGCAGUGGUUCCCAAGAUGGUAUGCUUUGUGUCUGGGAGUUAGUUACAGGAGCCUGUGUUUAUAGUGUACAAGCUCACGAUGGAAUUAUUACUACCUUGAACUGCACAACAAGUUACAUACUUUCCCUAGGAGGUGAUGAUAAACUGUGUGUUUGGGAAAGAUUUCAAGGCCAUCUGCUCAAUACAGUCCAGCUGACACAGAUGUAUUGUUCAAGUAUGGUGAUGCUAACAAACAAACUUCUCAUCACUAGUAGACAGGGAUCAUUAACUGUAUGGGACAUAACAUCAGGUGUUCCUGUUCGAGUAGUACGACUUGGAGAUCGAGAUGACUCUGUAUUUAUCCGUCAUAUGAUGCCUGUUGCAGACACGAUAGUUUGUGAUUAUGGUAAUCAGCUUCGUGUAGUAAAGCUACCUGUAGCAGAAAAAAUUGAUUGACUUUAAGUAUUAAGGAAGAGUCUCCGGACUUGAUGAUAUUACUCACACAAGAGCAUCAAGCAGCUUGAAAUGCUGCUUGCGUGCUUCAUUCUCAGGUGUGUUAUGGGAAGCAGAUGAAGGCUUUAUGCUAUCUAGAUUUCUGGCAUUCCCAUUUCAUGCUAAGUCCAAAAUUUAUGGAGGUGCCUUAUUGUCAGCUUCAGUGAACUGGCAGCAGGGUUUUAGUGUUCAGAGUAUAAGGAGAUUAAGAUUAGUGUUCAGAAUAUAAGGAGAUUAAGAUAUAUUUUGAAAUUAGGCAACUUGUUCAUUACUUAAUUGAAUUACAUAUUGUCUUCAUUACAUUUCCUUAAGAUUGUGGUUCAUAAGUCCCGUGGAGUUUAAGGGAAGUAGAAGAGACAGCACCUGAUACUAGAUGUGUUUUGAAAACACAUUUAAAGUACUGUAGUACAUGGAAAAUAUCGUUUAGAUAUUUAUAAGUUUGAAAAGAACCAACUUGUAUUGAUUAACAUUAAUCCUUAUAAGUUUGAAAGGAUCCAACUUAUAUUGAUCAACAUUAAUCCUCCCAAGCCUGGUUAGUUAGAAAGCAACCAUACAUUCAGAUUGGUAAUUUUCAUGCUCUCAGUACCUGUAGAAGGGUAUUUAUCUCUGAAGGAAAAGUAAGAGAGAAAGCUCUUUUUCUCAAGUUUUCAGAACAAUUUACUUUGUAACCUUGCUGAUGUAUGGUUGGUUAAAGUUCAUGAUGUAUCAGUACCACUGAAAAAUUUUAAGUAAUAUGCAUUGUGAAGGCAAGCUGUAAGCUAUAACUCCUUCAAUGAGCGAGUUUAUAUACAUUUUGUGAAAAAGUAAGAUAAUAAUUCUGUCAUUUCCAUUAUACUCAUAUGGUUUCCAUUGGGAAAACUAAAAAGAAAAAGAAAUAUAAAAUGACGUCCAAACCUUACUUGUACAUCUUGUUACCACCUGCAUCCAGAACUGUGGCUUAUAAGUAACGGGACUUUGGUGCCACCUUAUAUUUAAGGGUUAAUUAAAAAUCCUUCUAAAUUAAGGCAUGUUAACCAGGUAAAUACAGGUAUGUGGAGCAGUAGGUAGGUGUCUGCAUCUCGAAUGAAUUUUUGAUGAAGGCAGAUUGCCUGAAGUUCUGCACUCCUGUGUUUGGUUGCAGUCUUUCUCAAAGGGAUAAAAAAAUAAAACAAAAAGUCCCAGUGAAUAUGAAUCAGGUUUUUUAGAGGCUAAUAAAUUGAGUGAGUUAGCAAGUGUUUUUGAAAGCUGUAGCUUUACUGUUAAUUUAUUGUAGUAGUAGAAUUUUUUAUAGAAAAAGUUUUAGUUUACAAACCGACUUGUCCAUAAUGUGGAUUGGUGCCAAAUGAUACAAGUCUUUAGUGUGUAUGAAUUAAGGACUUUGUUUUGUAAGAUGCUCAAGUGAUGUAGGAAUGUAUUAUAGGAAAGUUAAGUGUAAUUGUAAAUUAAUUUGUACAUAUUCAUAUUGCAUUAUGGCAGACAACCCACAAUUCAAUAAUAAAUCUCUUAUUAAAUUAGC